CAGAGAUAACUGAUGAUGCAACUGGCACUCCACUUGAGUACAAUGUUACUGAGCCUAUACAAAUAUUUGGAAGCAAAUUGAGCAUCAAUCUCCCAAAUAAUCAAAAUGAGUGGUGAAGAAAGCAGCAAAGACAAAAUGGACGGUUCACUGUCGCCAAUAGACAAUGGGGCGUCAUCUCCAGGCCUGUCCAGGAGCAGAUCUGAGAAGGAGAAGAAACUUGGACAUCGAAGAGUGGGGAUGGGUGGGGAAGUGACAUAUAAGAAGAUUCACACCUCGCAGAUUAUGGGCUCUAUUCAACUAGGGAUACAGCAUGCUGUGGGGGGUCUGGCUUCUACACCAGAAAGGGACUUGCUCAUGCAAGACUUCAUGACUGUGGAGGCCACUACUUUCCCCCCUGAAGGAAGCAACCUAACUCAAGCCCAUCGCUACACAGAGUUUGUGUUCAAGACAUACGCUCCAGUUGCAUUCAGAUACUUUCGUGAUCUUUUUGGAAUCCAAACAGAAGAUUUUUUAAUGUCUUUUUGUAGUGUUCCUUUGAGAGAACUAUCAAAUCCUGGUGCUAGUGGCUCUAUUUUCUAUUUGACUGAGGAUGACGAAUUUAUAAUAAAAACAGUACAACACAAAGAAGGUCAAUUCUUACAAAAACUUCUUCCCGGAUACUAUCUAAAUUUAAAUCAAAAUCCUCGUACUCUUUUACCUAAGUUUUUUGGUCUGUAUUGUUAUCACUAUAAUUCUAAGAAUAUCAGGAUUGUCGCAAUGAACAACUUGCUACCAUCUGCUAUUAAAAUUCAUCAAAAAUAUGACUUGAAAGGUUCGACGUUUAAAAGAAAAGCUUCAGAACCUGAAAGAAAGAAAAACUCUCCGACUUUUAAGGAUUUAGAUUUUAUGGAACACCACCCUGAGGGGUUGUUUCUUGAAGCAGUAACUCACACUGCUCUUAUCAAGACAAUACAGCGGGAUUGUAGGGUUUUAGAAAGUUUCCAAAUAAUGGAUUACAGUCUACUAAUUGGUAUUCAUAACUUGGACCAAGCCGCGAGAGAAAAAGCUGAGGCCUCAGUAGAAGAGCAAGCUUCAGGAGAAGUAUCAGAAUCUGGAGCUGGUGGCGAUUUGAAUGGCACAAGCUCAUCCACUGCAACAAGAUCCAAGUCAACUAACAGACAGCGUCUAAUGGCACAUUCCACUGCUAUGGAGAGCAUCCAGGCCAAAAGCAAACCAGGAGAUGAUGAGGAAGAUGUUCCUGCUGGAGGGAUACCAGCUAGGAACAUGAAACGUGAAAGAUUAUUGUUGUUCAUUGGCAUCAUUGACAUUUUACAAAGUUACAGAUUAAAGAAGAAAUUAGAACAUGCUUGGAAGUCACUUCUGCAUGACGGAGAUACAAUUUCAGUUCACAGGCCAGGAUUUUAUUCCGAGAGGUUCCAGCACUUUAUGGCUAACACAGUGUUUAAGAGAAUUCCUUCAUCAAUGAAACAUUCUCUUUCAAGGAGGAAAACAACAUUGAGAAUUAAACCACAAAAUAGUGAUGAAGGCAAUAAGUCUAUAGGUUCACAUCCAGCAAAUCCUACCAUCCCUCCUUCAAUCUUUGAAGCUUCUAAGGCCAAUCAAAGCUCGCAUGACCUUAUUAACCCAAUAUCUCGUCAGGAAAAGUUUGUCAGGGUAAAUGCCACUAGAUGCAGUGAAGAACAACAAAUAGACUCUAUAAGUGUAUCUGAUUCCAAACUAGAAGAAUGGUCUGAGAGCAAAAUUUCACUUAGUCUAGAAUCAAGUUCAUCAACAUCAGGAGUUGAAUCAUUACUGACUAGCACAAGUAGACAAGUAGUCUGGGAGUCAAUAAAUCGAUCCAAUUCCUCUUGGUCUGAAGGCACUCCUUCAUUCACUGAUUCAUCCUGUUCUGGAAACAUGACUUGUUCAACAACACCUGCACAUAAAAAAAAUCUGGAGAAUAUGGACAACAUUUUCCUCAAUCCUUGAAAUCCUUUUCUAUGUUCAAUAAUAACUUGUUAUGUUCCUAAGUAGUUAGUUGUUUUAAUAAUUUGUAUGAUAACUUAUUCCUUGUGGUUGUGAUGUCUAUUGUGAUGUAUUUAUUAGAUAUUUUCUUUUACUCAGUCUGUAUAAGGCAGGCUAGGUGGUUAUGCCUCCUCAUUGGCGACCCACUUAAAGUAACUCCUCGUCCUGUACAUUCUGGCCAUGGGAUCACCUUUUAGUACCAUGUCUGUGGCCAUGGAUAGGAUACUAAACAAAUUUUCCCAAAGGGAAGUUUUUAAUACCUUAAACUUAAUUGAAAUAUGUCUGUGUCCACUGUCCACUAUAACUUUUGUAGUGUCCUUAGAAGCCUAAAGUGUUAUUUGUUAUGUGUGUCUAGGCUAGAUAAAACAGACUGAUAUAUCUAGUUAAAGUUAACUAAAAUAGAUUUAUAUGACUAUGAAAAUAAAUUUGCUUCCAAGAAGUUAGUCUUUUGGAAUUUGUCAAAACAUUAAAAAUUCCAAAAUGUGUUUUUGAAAUUAAAUUUAAAUAAAAAAUUGUAAUUGAAGUGAAAAAAGUAAAUAAAUAAUUACAUUUUUAUUCUGUAUUAGGUUAUAUUUUUGAAGAGUAAAUUGAUAAAGUUUUACUUUCUGCUAUACCAUAGUAAAAGGAGAAAGUAUUGUUUUCGUCCAAAUUUUUGAGUUGAGUUUUGAGUGGAUGUAUGCGUUUUGGGCCCCCAUGAAGCCAAAAAAGUGGUUUUUAAAGUGAUGUCUGUUUGUGUUAAGUUAAGCUUAGCAAUCAUUUUAUCAUUUUGUUCAAUAACAGACCUCAAUACAUCAAAUUCAUUGGUAAUGUUAUUUAGCUUACACUUAACUAGACUAGAGGACAUAAUACAUUUUCCUUUAAAGCAUUGUCUUAUAUCACUGUAAAGGAGAAGUUUAGUCCUUUAAAUCCUGAACAAAAUGAUACAAAUCCUAUUUCCGUCAAAAUUAAGGUUAAAAAGUUAUUGUAACUUGUGUUAUUUUCCCAUUAAAAAAACUAUAAAAUGAGAAUAUUGGAUUUUAGUCAAAAAGAUAGUUUUGUUUAAAAUUGAUGUUUUAUGAUCCUUAUCAUUCCUAACUAAAUAGUGCAACCCAUUGCUGUAAAAAUUAUGCUUAAGUUAUAUUGCAAUUUUGGUGAUUUUCCCCAUAAAAUAUCAUAGUUAUUCCCACCGCUUAUCCAUGUCAAUGAUAAAGGUUGUUGACAAGCUUAUGGGAGAAAGUAUGUGUCAGAUUGUUGAUACCGUUUAUUUUUUAUUAAUCCUCAAAUUUGGAAGAUUUUAUUGUGUAGGUUUUAAGAAACAAAAUAUCAAUUUUAUUUCUUCUUUGCAUCAGUCCAAUCAAAUUAUCAUUGUGCUAAUAAUAUUUUGGGCCUGGAGGAUUGAAGUGUAAAUUUUGGCAUAUUAUGAUUGAAUUUGUUUGUACGAAAAUGUAUUAAAAUUUAUUAAAACUGGAAAUUUGCUUAGCCUAUUGUACAUAUCUACUAACUAUUGAGAACUGUCGCUUCUCUACCCCCUCCCUUAAUGUUGUGAAUUGGUGUAAGUUGAAACAUAAUGUAUGUCUAUUGAAAAGAGUGUACAUAAAAAAACUCUACACU